GAAAAUGAUCAACGGCCCAGAAACGACAAAGGGGCUGGCUGAUCAUCCUCGUCUUCCAAUCCCCCAGUUCGGUGCAGGUCGUUUCCCAUUCUUCUCGUCUUAUUAGAAAACCCCAAAACCAGAGACACGGAGAGAGAGAGAGAGAGAGAGAGAGAGAGAGGAGGAGGGAGAGGGAGUGUCUGUGUUUGUGUGUUGGUGUGGGUGGAUGAGUGUGGAAGUGUGAGAGAGGGCGUUUGAGGAUCUGUAGAUCUGUGGUAGUUUUGCAUCUUCUUCCUGUUUUGCCAUGGCUGUUCGCGGCCUUCUCGCUUCGCAGCUAUGGAUCGCUGUGUUUCUUCUUCUGUUCGUCCAUGGAUUUUCCUUUUACCUCCCAGGCGUCGCUCCGCAGGACUUCCAGAAGGGAGAUUUGUUGAAGGUGAAAGUGAAUAAGCUUACUUCCACAAAAACACAGCUUCCUUACUCUUACUAUUCCCUCCCAUACUGUCACCCACAAUCCAUAGUUGACAGUGCAGAGAAUCUUGGGGAAGUUCUUCGUGGUGAUCGUAUUGAAAACUCUCCUUAUGAGUUUAAAAUGCGCGAACAUCAAAUGUGCAAUAUUUUAUGUCUUAUUACUCUAAAUGCAAAAACUGCAAAGAGCUUUAAGGAAAAGAUAGAUGACGAAUAUCGGGUGAACAUGAUUUUGGAUAAUCUCCCUCUUGUUGUGCCCUUCCGAAGGCAAGAUCAGGAAUCUAUAAUCUAUCAAGAUGGCUAUCCCGUCGGCCUCAGGGGACAGUAUGCUGGAAGUAAGGAUGAAAAGCAUUUUAUACACAACCAUUUGGCAUUUACAGUCAAGUUUCAUAAGGAUCUACAGACUGACUCAGCAAGGAUUGUGGGAUUUGAGGUCAAACCAUUCAGUGUUAAACAUGAAUAUGAAGGCAAAUGGGAGGGGAAGAAGACACGUUUAACAACCUGUGAUCCUCAUGCUAAACGAACUGUUUCUAACUCUGAGUCUCCACAAGAGGUUGAAGAUAAGAAGGAUAUUAUAUUCACAUACGAUGUUGAGUUCCAGGAAAGUGAUAUAAAGUGGGCAUCACGAUGGGAUACUUAUCUUCUGAUGGCUGAUGAUCAGAUUCACUGGUUUUCAAUUGUUAAUUCUUUGAUGAUUGUCCUUUUCCUUUCGGGCAUGGUGGCUAUGAUUAUGUUGCGGACGCUGUACCGGGAUAUCUCCAAGUACAACCAAUUAGAAACCCAAGAGGAAGCACAAGAAGAGACAGGGUGGAAAUUGGUCCAUGGGGAUGUUUUCAGGCCUCCAGUUUACUCAGAUCUACUCUGUGUGUAUGUUGGAACAGGUGUUCAGUUUUUUGGGAUGAUUCUUGUCACCAUGAUUUUUGCUGUCCUUGGAUUCCUUUCCCCAUCAAACAGGGGUGGCUUAAUGACAGCCAUGCUCUUACUUUGGGUUUUCAUGGGUCUUUUUGCUGGAUACUCAUCAGCACGUCUGUACAAGAUGUUCAAGGGAACAGAAUGGAAGAAAAUUACCAUAAAAACAGCUUUCAUGUUCCCUGCAGUUGUCUCCGCAAUUUUCUUUGUCUUAAAUACUCUGAUUUGGGGUGAGAAAUCCUCAGGAGCAGUACCAUUCGGAACAAUGUUUGCUUUAGUACUCUUGUGGUUUGGCAUCUCAGUCCCACUUGUAUUUGUGGGUAGUUAUGUAGGUUUUAAGAAGCCAGCAAUCGAGGACCCUGUGAAAACCAAUAAGAUCCCAAGGCAGAUUCCAGAACAGGCAUGGUAUAUGAACCCAGUGUUCUCUAUCUUAAUCGGUGGCAUACUCCCAUUUGGCGCUGUCUUUAUUGAGCUCUUUUUCAUCCUUACCUCGAUCUGGUUGCAUCAGUUCUAUUACAUAUUUGGGUUCCUCUUCAUUGUCUUCCUCAUCCUGAUUGUGACUUGUGCUGAGAUCACUAUUGUGCUAUGCUACUUUCAGCUCUGCAGUGAGGACUACCACUGGUGGUGGAGAUCAUACCUGACUUCAGGUUCCUCUGCUCUCUACCUUUUCCUUUAUGCCGCUUUCUACUUCUUCACAAAACUUGAUAUCACAAAGCUGGUGUCUGGGAUCUUAUACUUUGGGUACAUGCUGAUAGUCUCAUAUGCAUUCUUUGUGUUGACCGGGACAAUUGGUUUCUACGCAUGCUUCUGGUUCACGAGGCUCAUCUACUCAUCAGUCAAGAUUGAUUAAUCAUAAAUGCGCCCUCAAGGAGAUGACUGGUUUACUUUCUACACGAUAGAUUGCUGCAAAUCAUCUAUCUCGUGGAAUGAAAAUGCUGGGGCACUAAUCGUUCUUCCCAAGUUCCUGCUUGGCAUCAGCUUUGAAUCUAAAAGAUCUCACUGAAAUGCUUCUCUUUUAACAUUCUUGGUACGGAUUCUUGAGUGCACUAUGAGUUCUACCUUUUAAUAGUUUUUUUUUUUUUUGGUUAAAUUUUACUUUUGUCAUUUUUAGCCACUCUGUAUGGGACAUUAUUGAGGAUGAUUUGUCAAAACAAUUUUACUCACCUCAAAUGACUAGAGUCUGCCAAAGCAAAAGACACUAUUGAGUCGGGCGUUUGUGUUGCUGGACUUGAACGUGGUGAACUGUUAUCCUUUCUUACCACACAAGGAAUGCUAAACCUAUUAUUUCUUUC